UUUAAACCAAAUCCUAAUAAAACCAAAAAGUAAAAAAGACUUAAACAAAAAAAAAAAAAAAGAAGAAAAUAUGUCUUCAACAUCAGCUUCACCUGUCAGCAAUAUAACAGUGGACGACGAUCGAGACUACUCUACGGAUUUCAUAAAUAUUAAAGAAGAACGUGAAAGCAGUAUAUCUCCGAUGUUAACUCCGCCGCAUACGCCGACGGAUAAUUCUGUGGGACUUAGAAGUAGCAGUAAUAGUCGUAAAGGCUCGAAUUCUUCUCUUUAUGAUUUAGAUCAUAGGCGUUGCCCAACAACGGUAGCAACAGCAUUAUCAACAACCCCAGUACUGUCACAGAAUCAUAUUCAAACGCGUUCUUACGCCACUAUGAUGCAAACGCAUACGUUACCUCAGCCACAACAUCAUCAUGCCCAUCAUUUGCAACAUUCCCAUCAUAACUUGCAACACCAUCAACUUCAACAACAGCAACAACAAUCAGCUGUACCUCAGCAAACGCAACAAUCCCAACAACGCGUUGCGUGGCUACAAAUGCAUCAUCAUUCACCGCAUCAACAGCCAGGUCUUCCUUAUGCCGCAGUUAUUAAUGGUCAUCAUCAAUUCCUUGCGACGCCUGACCCUUUGGCGGCUCAACAUCAAGCUUUACUCAUGAAUCAAUGGUUAAGAAAUGCCGCUCUUUACCAGCAUCAACAUCAACAUCAACAUCAACACCAUCACCACCAUCAUCCGCAUCAUGCGGCAAUUUUGCAUGGUGUACGGCCUCAUUCGUCCGCCUUGCAUGGUCUGCAUCCAGCACGUCUAGGCUUGCCUGCCAUGAAAUUAGCCGCUGGCCUUAGCGGUGCAAAUCUUCCCGCCGCUGGCUCAAGACCCAAAAAGCAAUUUAUUUGUAAAUAUUGUAACCGUCACUUUACCAAAUCUUAUAAUUUAUUGAUACACGAACGCACGCACACGGAUGAGCGGCCUUAUUCUUGUGAUAUCUGCGGUAAAGCGUUCCGCCGGCAAGAUCAUUUGCGUGAUCAUCGCUAUAUACACUCUAAGGAGAAACCUUUCAAGUGCGGCGAUUGCGGUAAAGGCUUCUGCCAAUCGCGCACUUUAGCGGUGCAUAAGAUCACGCAUUUGGAAGAAGGUCCUCACAAGUGUCCCAUUUGUCAUCGUUCCUUUAAUCAACGUGCCAACUUGAAGGCUCACCUGCAAUCACAUUCCGAGGGUCAAUUAGUUCACACCUCAGCGGUGGACAGUGAAUCUUCACAUCUAUCAAAACAAAAUAUCGGCUUAAUACCCAGAGAGCAUUCCACCGCUGCCGUAGUAAGUCCUCAUUCUAUGCCCGUUUUGGAUUUAUCAGCUUCGAGUGUACCGCAUGCGGUUAAACCGAAACGUAGUCUGGGUUUCACAAUAGACGAAAUAAUGAGCCGUUAAAAUCGUCUGGCUAUCGAGAGUCAUAACCUUUAAAGUUCUUUCGCUAAAUACAAAAAUUUCCUUAUGCCACCCUAUACUGAGACUGAUUGUUUUGUUAGCUGAGGGCUGUUAACGAACAAGCGAACAAGAAAGCGAAGCGCACGCGGAAGGAAGCAGCACGGAAGUUUGCUACCAAAACAAAUGACGGUAUGUAUUGCUGAUUCUCCACCACACCGCUCUCCCCCCCUACCCUUUCCGGCCCCGCUUCCAUUGCUUAGAUGUCGACGAGCACUUACUUGAAGGUUAAACAACUCUACUAAGUAGUGUUUACUAAAGUGCUUCGGUGGCAACAAAAUAUGGAGUUCUUCUAUGAUGUACGUUCGCUUCAGCUACUUAUACACUUUGUUAUCAUUAUUUAUUGUCAUAUAAUUUACACAAGAGAAAAAAAAAAAACACGAAAAGAAAAGAAAAGAAAAGAAGGAAGAAAAACUAAAAAUAUGUUGAAAAUUAUACCAAAGCACUUAAUACCUUGCAUACGUACGGUUAGAUAUCUAUAUAUAGAGUUAUUUAAAUUAUUUAAAAUCUUUUUUUUUUUUUUUUGAAUAUUUCUUUAAUUCUUGUAAAAUAGUAGGUAAUUAAAUGUUUAGCAAUAAAUCCAUGCCUGGUAAUCUUAAAAAAACGGUUCAAACACUAUCUAAUUCUAUUACUCAGUUGUUUUAUUUUUUCUUUUAUUUUUGUUUAAACAUAUCGAUGCAAAUAUUUGAAAACGUAUCCACAUAAACUUGCUGUAAU